AAACAUCAUGAUUGCAAUCUCACUCGGAAAAUCGAACCAACAGUUUUCCGCCUUUAUCAGUCCAUUUACCAUAUCGGAUGUAGUGCUAUUACAAAUCGCUCCUAUUCUACAUAUGUCGUUCCGCAGAUUUAUGGCCCGGGAAGCCGGAACCGGAAGGCGGACGAGAGCUGUGUGGUUAUUGGAACGUGCUGGUGCGUCGAUUACUACGCGUGAUUGUUGUUUGUUCAUUUGAUUAGAAUAAAUUCGUUUCGAUUGUGCACUUUUAUUUUCCUCGUGUCAAAGAUAAGCACUCGAGCAAUUAUUGCAACUGAACAGAUCGAUUUGAUAACGGAACCAUUGAAAGGAUACGCAAUUGAAGCUCCGAUGGUGCGUUCAGUUAUGUGCUUGAUCUCGGUUCGACAGGAAUCGCCCAUUUCCGGAGGUGAAUUCGUGAAAGGUCAGGGCUUUUGAAGUUUAAAUGCGUGGAAUAAUGGGUAAGAAGUCCUUCGAUAUCAGUGUACCGCAUCAGGAUGAAAAAUUGCCAAAAAGUGUUUCAAAGUGGAGUUUGAAGAACAGGAAGAAACGUUGGCUUCCGAUCUUAUUUUGUGCUAUUUGCUUUUCCCUGCUGAUUGGAUGGGUCAUCAGGGAUAUCUUUAACGGCCAUGCAGAUGGGUUUAACGCAACUGGUGAAAAUGAAACGGUUGCAGAAGCAAUGGAAUUCGAUAAUCUUGAGCAGACUAGUGGAAGAAAACCUGCGUUACCAAUACCCGAUGAUCCUCACUGUUCGAUGGAAGCAGAUUGCACAAUCGUAUGCAAGGACAUGAAUGUGCUAGAUUUGUCAGCGGCAGUUACUAAAACGUUGGAAGACGAUCCAUGCUCCGACAUCAAACUCAUCAUUCAGUCUCUUGUCAUUGAAGAUGGAAAACUGUACCCGCGGUGGCUGGAACUUAACGAGUCUAUCCGAAUUCACCAACUGGAGCUGAAGCAAUCCGAAAUUAUCGAGAUCCCAUCCGGAUCCUUUGACGCUCGUCAUUUUUACGCUAUAGCCAUUCUUACUCUAGACUCACUUGAGGUCUCCGUUUUGCCGUCGAACAUUUUCCUCGGGCUGCAGCUGCUACAGGAACUUAAUUUGAAAAAUUUACCUUUGGAACAUGUCGACGAGUUUGUUCUGGCCCCAGUUAAGUUCACUCUGACCAGUCUUUUGGUGGAAAGUUGUUUGAAUGGGAUUAAUCCUAGGGUAUUCACUGGGUCAACGUCGCUAGAUAAUUUGGCGAUCGUUUCCUUUGAGUUUAAUAUUCUGGACGAUGUGCUGACAGACGACUCUUUUUCCAUGAUCCCGAGUUUGUCCAGUCUGUAUUUGAGAAAUUCAGGCAUUAGGAUUUUACGGGAAGGCAUGUUUGCGGGUAUCAGUAAGUCUAUUCAGCAGAUACAUCUGAUUGGCAACGAGCUGCAUACAAUUGAGGCGGGUGUGUUCGACAGUUUGUUGGAAAAGCAGGUGAAAAUAUAUUUGGGCAACAACCCUUUUAUGUGUGAUUGUAGUUUGGCGUAUCUGAAACAAUUAAUAAUAACAUAUCCUAGUAUGUUUGACGACGUCAAAUGUGCUGAACCACCUCCGUUCUCUGGAUGGUCGGUUUCUGAUGCUGAAUUUUGCAAUGCUAUUACUGAUCCACCUACAACGACAACUGAAAUUAUAACUACAUCUGAGGUAACGGAUUCACCGGAGGAAACAACUGAAAUUACGACUGAUACUACGGAAAGUACAAAACCACAACCAUCAACUAGGCCUACAGGUGAGCCAACUAAGCCAACUGGUCCACCAACAACCUCUACCACGACGGUUACAUCAACGACAUCAACCAGUACAACUGCUGAACCAUCUUCGACAUCAACGUCCCCUCUGGAAGUCACGACUUCCAGUGUUUCAACAACUCCAUCUACAACUACAACUCCGGCCACUUCAUCACCUGCCAAUAUAUUCACCAUGCAAUGUAUCCAAACUGCUGUCCCGAUAGAAUCUGAAGUCACCAGCUACCAAGGCUCUGAAUUGACCCUUCAUAAGCGCAGCAAGACCUUUACAGUACUGGAAUCACAAGAGGGAGCCGUUGAGCUCAUUCUGGAUCAAACGUACAGCUCAGCGGUGAUUCUUUGGUUUUACGACACAUCUACCACCAAUUCCAUAUUCUCUCUGCAGAUUGAAGACAGUGCCAGCUGUGCUGAUAUCUAUGGUCGAACCGUUCGAAUCACAAACCUCAUACCCGAUAAGAACUACAUCUUCUGUGUGAUCUAUCGUGCCGAAAACACGAUUUCCCCUUUCGACUGUCUGCCACACAGACUUCUUCCGACGUACGGACAAAGGACUUGGCUUGUCGAGGAUCAAAAAAUUAUGAUCAUCAGCAUUUUAAUUGCUUCCGUAUUGGUGGCUAUUAUGAGUGGAAUUGUGCUGACUUAUUGCUUCAUCAAAAGCUUCGAUACCUAUCAGAAAUCUUGCCGCAAGGUAACAACAGAAGUUCGUAUCGAUCGAAGUACUACCAACCAAUGUUAUAUGACACCUGUAGCCGAACAACCUGCCAGAACCCGCCACAAGCGCAGCGUUUCCGACAGCAGUAUCGAAAGUUGCCGCAGCUACGUGUCCGCCGUUGUUCCGGCGACCCAGUUUCAGUACAUUUCCUGGAAGAUGGAUAAUCGUUCCCGGCACCCGUCGGCUCCCCCUCAUCCCACCCAGCAGCAACCCUCGAUGGAGUUCUACCCGAAGGAUCCCCCGCCACCACCGCUACCCCCGCACCCUUCCAAGCGGUUGAAAAAGCAAAAGUCGGAAAUUAAAAUCAAUUUCCACGAAAUCUACGACGAACCGAACAGCAGCAGCUUCUCGUCCAGUGUGCACAAAAAUUUCCACCAAGGAAAGCAUUAAGCGGUUUCGGAAGAAGUUUUCGGGGCUUGUGAAACCAUUCAAUUCGAUGCAACGAUCGACGAAGGUGGUUUGUCAUUGGCUUCAUUAAUAAUCAUGAAUUUUUGACCUGAAAAAUAAAUUUUAUUUUCCUAUUAAUAGGUGAACUUGAUUCGUGUAAUCAGCAAAAGUUGAAAAAUAAAAAUAGUUAUGUAAAA